UUUCGAACUGUUAUCAUACAUUGGCGGUGUGUGUAAGAAAUACCUCAUCCUACAUUGUUUGUAUGUAAAAAAAAUAUUUUCUUUUUGGUCCUUUACUUUACAAGCUAAACUUAACGCAUAUCUAAUGAAUGAGGCAAACGAGUAGGUAAAUCUUAUUAGCAUCUCUUAGGGAAUGGGUAAAUAGGCAGGCCAAAUAUACUUAUUCCCCUAACAACGCAAUGUUGCCUACUUCAUGAGGCAAAUGAGUAGGUAACAUGCAAUCUAAGAGUAUCUUCAAGGGAAGAGACAAAUGAAAUAGGCAAAAUUGCAUUAUAACAACCUAGGUGACAUAUUACUUACCUAUUUGCCUCAAGAAAAAAAUUGACCUACAAACUAUUAUUAUAUUAUUUAUUUUUAUCUAUUAUAUUUACAAUUAUAUUUUAUAAAAAUUAUAAAAAAUAAAUAGGACCUAAUAUACCUCUUCACUUUGAAGUAGUAAUUUUGUGUAGGUAUAUUUUUCCUACCUAUUUGCGAGUUUAACUUCAUCAAACUUCAAACCAAGACGACCCUGAAUUCAUCAACAAGAUGAAGAAAGCCUUCACCACCCCAACAUCCCUUGAUCGUGAACUCGAGCCGUCGCCGGAUAUGAAAGAGAGAGUGACAGCCGUGGAGAAGAUCGUCGGCUACAGCUUCAAGAACAAGAGGCUUCUAGAAGAAGCUCUCACCCACUCCUCCUUCCCUUGGUCCGCUUCGUAUCAACGUCUCGAGGUCCUCGGCGACAGUGUUCUGAACCACGCAGUCACCAACUACUUUUUUUGUAUGGCUGACCGCCGGAAGUUCAACGAAGACCAAAUCACUAAGCUACGCUCCGCUAAUGCUGGCAACCUCAAGCUCGCCCGCGUCGCUGUUCGCCUUGGGCUUUAUCCCUACCUUCGCCGCUACAAUACACCUGGUCUUGAUGAUAAGAUUAAGGAGUUUAUCGAAGCAGUAAUUAAUGGAGAAGACGAGACGGGGCUUGUACAUAAGGUUCUUGCUGAUAUUGUUGAGUCCGUGGCAGCUGCUAUUUACGUUGACUUGAAAUUUGAUCUCGAUAAACUAUGGAUGAUUUUUAAGCCUCUUUUGGAGCCUAUAUAUACUCUUGAGGACUUGCGUGGUCGCCCCAUGGCAAUAUUGUAUGACUUUUGCCUGAAGAAAGGGAAGCGCCUUGAGAUCAAGCUGAAGCCAAGAGAUGAGACUGAAAAUAUAAGUAUUGCUGGUGUCUUUGUUGGUGACGUGCUUGUUGGCUCGGGUUCUUCUAAGGGGAAUAGUAAUGCAAGGCAGAAUGCUGCUAAAGAAGCUGUACAUAAGUUGUCGCAAUCGAUGGUUGUAAACGAUGGGUCCUUCGAAGGUAUUCCAGCUGGAAACGACAGGUCAUUUCGUAUUGAAGAAGCGAUGCAAAUGUUGCAUGUGCUUUGUGCCAAGAAGAGGUUGCCUAAACCUCCAGAGUACAAAGAAGACGUGUUAGGUCCUCCACAUGAGAGGAAAUAUUUAUACUCAGUUAAAGUGGUAACUUCAGAUGAUACCGUGAAAUCUGUGACGGGAGAUGAAAAGUCAAGAAAAAAAUAUGCAAUGAAUUCUGCAGCUUACAAGAUGUUCCUUGCUUUACAAGAACAUUAUAAUAUGAUCAACACCAUAAAGUCUUAUAGAAUGAUCAACAGAAAAGAAGCUGAUAAUAUGAUCGACACCAAAGACACUGAUCGUAUGAUCUGCUGGCGAGAUAUCCUAGUUCUAUUAGGAUAUUUCAUUCUUAUUCUAUUAGGAUUUUAUUUAUUUCCUGUUGUAUAGAUAUUAUGUGAUUACUUUUCUUAUUUCCUAGUAUAAUCGUAUGAUCAAGACCAAAUAAUCUGAUUGCAUGAUCAAGAUAAAGGAAUCUGAUUCCAUGUUGGAUUAUAUUGACUCACUACUCGACACACUUGGGGCUAAGGCCUAUAGGGUGAUAAUAAGUCUCCUGGAGUUUUUUUUAACCUAGUUUGUUUCUGCUUUAGUCUGCUACUUUGGGUGAAAUUAGUUGGUUUUUUGCUAAGUGAUUUCUAUGAAGGGUGAUGCGACGAUGGAGGUAUCCUUCGAUUUACCUAUACAUGUAUAAAUUCCCAUAGCCAGACUUGGCAAGGCAUGAGUGAAGAAGAUAAUCUCAUUUUCUCUAUAAUUUCUAUAUAUAGUUGUCUCUUCCAAAAUGUUCCACACUUGCACCAUUUUAUGUGCUUAAUUGUAUAUGUGGUACGUUCCUCUACCUGCUACGUAUCUGUGUAUAUGUUUGUUUUCUUUUUGGAAAAUUGUACCCAUCAUCAAUCGCAGAGUCUAGCAUCCAUCACCAGAAAUGAAACAAUCGGUGUCAACCGUGGAGCAAAUCCUGGGCUACAAUUUCAAGAACAAGAGGCUUCUAGAAGAAGCUCUGACCCACUCCUCCUACACCGAAUCGGCUGUAUCAGCGCCUUGAGUUCACCGGCGGUGACGCCAUCUCCAAGAUAAGUUGUAAACUUCAGGGGUCUAGUGGAGCUUAUAGUUACUCUUGAAGACUUGCAAGAUGAACCGCGACCCGUGACAAUGUUGUUUGACCUUUGCCAGAAGCAUGGGAAGCAUGUUGAUAUCAAGCACAUUGGACAGAUGAGACCAAGAGUAUUACUAGUUGUACGUUGGUGCCAAAUUACUUGUUACUUCGGGUUUGUCUUAGCAUAAAGAAAUUGCACCAAGCUUGAUGCUGCUAAGUUAGCUCUAUAUAAGUUGUCGCAAUUGAUGAUGAUGGGUCGUGUGAAGGUAUUGUUGGAAUGAAUGGGUCAUUUCAUAUUGAAGAAGCAAAACAGAAGUUGCAUGAGCUUCGUGACAAGAGGAAAUGGUCUUUACCUUUUAAUGAUUUUAAGCGGUGUUAGAAUUAUGUUGUUAAUUCUUGUUGUUAAGCAGAGCCAUAUUGGUUUUUCUGUUGCAGUAUUGAGAAAGAUGAAGGUCCUUCACAUGAUGAGAAGAGAUUUGUGUCCUCAGUUAAAAUUACAACUAGGGAUGGUGUGCUGUGAAUGAAGGGAGAUGAAAAGUCGAGAAUAAAAUAUGCGGACAAUUCUGCAGCUUCCUUGAUGAUCCGGGCUUUACAAGAAUCUGGUUAUAUACGAUGUAACGCAUAUGUUUAUAUAAUCAUCGACCUGCGGCAUUGAAUGCAUUGGUUGGAUGAACCAUAUUUAAACUUUAGAGAUAGCAAGAAUUGCCAUGGACUCUUGGAAAUUGCUGUGUUAAAUGCCUUAAGGAUGCUAAGGAUUAACGUUUGGUUUGUGCUUGUAGUUUUCAGAUGACCCAAAGAUCACCUUCAAUGUAAAGAGCCUUUAAUGUUUGGUUUGGCAGACGCUUUGAAAUUUACCUACAAGUUUAUCUGGCUUUUCAUAAGUUACAAGCUG